AUGAGCAGCUCAGAAGAGAGUGAGGAAGAAGAUAUCCCCAAAGCAAAACCGAUCACCGAGGAGGUUCAUUUCUUGUACGAAGGCCAAAAUCACAAAGAGGUUCCGAACAAUCUCACGCACGCUAGGUUGGCUCCAGGAGUCAAGCAGAUCCAACGAGCUGCAUUUCACAGUUGCGAACAACUGGUUUCUGUUCAACUAUAUGAAGGCUUGGAGGUGAUUGGGGCUGCUGCCUUUGGGACCUGUGCUUCCUUGACCGAAAUCAUCAUACCCAACUCGGUGCAUGAAAUUGCCAGAGCUGCCUUUGACUUUUGUCCGUUGCUGGCCAACGUCAAGUUGCCAGAAAAAUUGGUCACAAUUCAAUGUCGACUCUUUUAUCUUUGUCGGUCGUUAAAGACGAUUGAUAUACCCAAGACUGUCACAUCCAUUGGACCGCAUGCCUUUUUCGAAUGCGAGAAUUUGCAGUCUAUUGACCUACCUGAUGGGUUGAGCAAGAUUUGCCACUCGGCCUUUGGUGGCUGUACUUCGUUGAAGGAAAUUGACGUUCCGUCGAGUGUGAAGCGCAUUGGGACCUCUGCCUUUCGAGAUUGCAAAAAUUUGGCCCUGCUCAAGCUUCCCGAAGGGUUGGAGGAAGUCUCUGAAGGUCUGUGUGAGAAUUGCUCGUCGCUCCGCGCUUUGGGAUUGCCUUCGACCGUCGUUCGUAUUGGAACAGAUGCCUUUCGAGAAUGUUUUAAGUUGGUUUCCUUGGAGAUGCCAGGUACUUUGCAAGAGAUUGAAGAAGGGGCAUUAUCGGACUGUCAGGUGUCUGUUGUGAUCUUUCCUGCUGGGACCAAAUUGGAAAACGACGCUUUUGAACGGAAUGUUUCUAUUGAACCCAACAAGUUCCCCUUGGAAGAACUCCCAAUUCACAGAGUCUGCUACUACCAGUCCUUCCACUCGUUACCAAUGAAUUUAGAAAAGUUGGAACACGCGACUGUGACGAAUCCCAAAUGCUUGGAGGAUGAAAACGGCAACACUCCAUUCCAUGUUUUGGCCACCUCAUUUUCGCCAAACGUUUACUUGUUUCAAAAGUUACUGGAGAAGUAUCCUGUGGAACUCCUUAACCAGGCGAAUCGAUGGAACCAGGCUCCAGUCGACUACUUGUAUAGAAGCAAGGCUCCCGGGUCCGCCCAACUGUUUGAACAAGUCCUGCAGGUGACAAUCCUUCAGCGUAGUCGUUUUCUGGGUCUAGAAGGCUGGAGAAUGGAUGUCUUACAGCGUGUAAAAGAGGUUCUAAUGAGUAGUGAGGAAGAAAGGGCAAACGACGACCCGUCGUUUCUCGAGGAAUCCUGUGGAUCAAGAGCAUUGGGCCAACUUCGACGUUCUCUUUUGCAAUAUGAACGAUUGGAGGCCACAGCACUCUUGGAAUCAGCCUUGUGGAAACGCAACAUGCCGCAACGACUACUACUACUACUACGACGACAAGAGGAAGAUGAAUACAGUCCCAAGCACGUGCAAAAGAAACGAAAAGUGAAUGCAACUCAAACUUUUUGCUUGCCCUCGUGCCUAUCGACAUCAUCAUCAGCAUCUACCGAGAAAUGCUGCUUUGGAAUCAAGCUCUUUGGUUCCAAACCAGAUGGUUUCAUUCCCACUUCUGAGGAGACUACCACGAUCUCUUCCUCUAUCAGUUUUGGAGCACCCUUGAAUGAGGACGAACGCCAUGCCUUCCUAGUCCAUUCUGGUGCUGAGAUUGUGAUUCCCAAUGUUCUUCCAUACUUGGGGCCAGUCAGCAAGACACUAUAA